AUGGCCGCCCCUCAAAAGUGGAAGAUCGCAUUCGGCUGCGACGAAGCCGGUGUCGACUACAAGAACGCGCUCAUCAAGGAUUUCGAGGCCGACCCUCGUGUGGAGUCGGUGAUCGACGUCGGUGUGCCGUCGAACGCAGACAAGACCGCCUACCCUCACGUCGCCGUCACCGCCGCACGCAAGGUGGCCAGCGGCGAAGUUGACCGUGCGCUGCUCAUCUGCGGCACGGGCCUCGGCGUCGCCAUCGCCGCCAACAAGGUCAACGGCGUGCGUGCCGUCACCGCGCACGACUCGUACUCGGUCGAGCGCGCCAUCCUCUCCAACGACGCCCAGGUGCUCUGCAUGGGUCAACGCGUCGUCGGCCUCGAACUCGCCCGCAAGCUUGCCAAGGAGUGGCUCGGGUACAAGUUCGACACCUCGAGCGCCUCGGCUGCCAAGGUGCAGGCCAUCUGCUCGUACGAGGGUGUUGCCGACAAGCAGUAG